UGGAACGGGGGGGCGGAGUCAUUUCCUCACCGCGUCGCUAUAAAAGCGAAGCCCCUCCCUCGGCGCUCUCUCUCUCUCUCAACCGGACCGGAGACAAGAUGUCCCACAGAAAAUUCUCUGCCCCCCGCCACGGCUCUCUGGGCUUCCUGCCCCGUAAGAGGAGCUGUCGCCACCGGGGGAAGGUGAAGAGCUUCCCCAAGGACGACCCCAGCAAGCCCAUCCACCUCACUGCCUUCCUGGGCUACAAGGCGGGCAUGACCCACAUCGUCCGCGAGGUCGACAGGCCGGGCUCCAAGGUGAACAAGAAGGAGGUGGUGGAGGCCGUCACCAUCGUGGAGACCCCCCCCAUGGUGAUCGUGGGGGUCGUGGGGUACGUGCAGACCCCCCGCGGCCUGCGAGCCUUCAAGACCGUCUUCGCGGAGCACAUCAGCGAUGAAUGCAAGCGACGCUUCUACAAGAACUGGUAUAAGGCUAAGAAGAAGGCUUUCACCAAGUACUGCAAGAAAUGGCAGGACGACGAGGGCAAGAAGCAGCUGAACAAGGACUUCGAUGCCAUGAAGAAGUACUGCCAGGUGGUGCGCGUCCUCGCCCACACGCAGAUGCGUCUGCUGCCCCUGCGUCAGAAGAAGUCUCACCUGAUGGAGGUCCAGGUGAACGGGGGCUCUGUGGCAGAGAAGGUGGACUGGGCCCGCGAGAAGCUGGAGCAGUCUGUGCCCGUCGCCAACGUGUUCUCCCAGGACGAGAUGAUCGACGUCAUCGGGGUCACCAAGGGGCACGGCUACAAAGGCGUGACCAGCCGCUGGCACACCAAGAAACUUCCCCGCAAGACCCACAGAGGCCUGAGGAAGGUGGCUUGCAUCGGAGCGUGGCACCCUGCCCGCGUGGCUUUCUCCGUGGCUCGGGCUGGGCAGAAGGGGUACCACCACCGGACCGAAAUCAACAAAAAGAUCUACAAGAUCGGUCAAGGCUACCACACCAAGGACGGCAAGCUGGUGAAGAGCAACGCCUCCACAGAGUACGAUCUCUCCAACAAGAGCAUCAACCCCCUGGGAGGGUUUGUCCACUACGGCGAGGUCACCAAUGACUUUGUGAUGCUCAAGGGCUGCGUUAUCGGAACCAAGAAGCGAGUCCUGACCCUGCGCAAGUCCCUGCUGGUGCAGACGAAGCGGCGCGCCCUGGAGAAGAUCGACCUGAAGUUCAUCGACACCACCUCCAAGUUCGGACACGGUCGCUUCCAGACUGCCGAAGAGAAGAAGGCGUUCAUGGGACCCCUCAAAAAGGACCGGAUUGUGAAGGAGGAGACGGCAUAGUCCCGGAGACGCACGCGGGUUGUCCUUCCCCCUGGUUCUGUCCAGUCUUUCAGCAGGAAUAUACUGCAGACUGUCCAAUUAAAAAUGAAAGCGUUUUAAA